AUGUUAAAUCUAAAUAAAUCAUUUAAAAUUAUAAAUUAUAGUUUUUUAAUUAAAAAUGUUAUUAGGAAUUAUGGAAGUAAUAAAUCAAUACCAACAAUUAUAACGAAACCUAAAGAAAAUAUAAAAAAUAUAAAUGAAAUUAAAGAAACAAAGAUAAAAAUUAAGAAUAAUAAUAAUAAUAAUGAUCAUUCAACAGAGAAUAGUUUAGUUGUAAAGAAAUUUAAUAACUCACAUAUUAUGGAAAGAGAUCCACAAGAUAGAUCAUUGUCAUUGAAACAAUAUUUUGAAAAAUUAGCAGAUCGUGGUGAUGUCGAUAGAAUGUUACAAGUUGCAAGACGUAUGCCAGAAAGAAGAACGGCAUAUGCAUAUGAUAAAUUAAUAUUUGCAUGUUCAAAAGCACAUAAAUUCAAUCAAUCAUGGAAAAUCUAUAAUGAUAUGAAAAAAGAUAAUAUCAAACCUAGUAUUCACGUGUUUGGUAAUUUGGUGGACAUUUGUAAUCAUUCAACUAGUAUUGACUCAAACAAAAUCCAAGAAAGAGUCAAUAAAAUCAUUGAAGAAAUCGAUAAAUAUCAAGUACCAGUCUCAAUAAACUUUUUCAAUAUCUUAAUGAAAACAAUGAUCACCAUUGGCAAUAAUGAUCAAGCCAUCACUAUGAUUGAUAAAAUGAAAGAUUCUGGAAUUAGACCAGACAUAACAAGCUACACAACUUGGAUUAAAGCAAUCAGUGAGAAAUAUUUAGCAGAUAAUUAUUUAAAUAAAAAAGAAUUAAUAAAGGAAUUAAAUAAACCAAAUAAAAACACCUCUGAAAUGGAUGAAUUACGUGCAGAAGGUAAUAAACAAAUCGAUUUUUAUAUGACUUUAGUUAAAAAAGUUAAAAUGGCUCAAAUUUCACCUGAUCGUUAUUUCAUAAAUACUAUACUCAAUGCUUGUAAACAAACAAAGAAUCCUUCUGGUGUUUUCCAAGUUUGGGAUACUCUUAAAGAAAUGCGUUUUACUCAACAUUUAAAUCCUGAUACUAAAACUUAUGAUAUUUUAAUAUCAACUUGUAAUAAUAUUGAUGAUUUUGAUAAAUCAUUAGAAAUUUUUGAAGAAAUUUUUUCAAAAAAUAUUAGACCAGAUAUUCAUUUAGUUAAUAACAUGUUUAGAACUUGUUUAAGAAUUGCAAGUUGUAGAAAGAUAUCAAAAAAAGAAAAUUUAGAUGAAGAAAUAAUUAUAAAUAGAAUCAUUGAUUAUAUGUCUGCUUAUAGUUUACAACCAAAUGAAGAAUCUUUUUCAGUUUUAAUUUCAACUUAUUCAAAAUUAAAAAAUUAUGUUAAAGUUUAUGAAUUAUUAUUAGAAAUGAAAGAAUUAAAUAUAUCACCAAAUAUAAAACAUUAUUCAGGUAUAAUUAGUUCAUUCUCAAAAGAUACAGAGAAAUGUUUAGAGAUUCUUAGAAUUUGUGUUUCUCAAAAAAUUGUUUUGACUCCUGAUUUUAUAUCAAAUGUACAAAAAAGUAUUAGUAGACAUAAAGGUGAUGUUGAACAAUUUUCAAAAUUAUUAAGAGAACAUGAUUCAUAUGCAAUUGAAAAAAAAAUUAAAAAUAAAUAA